AUGUUUCGGCUUUGGAAACUUGUUCUCUUGUGUGGUCUACUCACUGGGACCUCAGCAUCCCUACUUGGAGAUCUUGGCAAUGACCUGAAUAUUUUGGAUAAGUUGAAACCUCUUUUUGACAAAGGACUUGAGACUGUUGAGAACCAAAUUGAGAAACUAAAGGCCAAAAUUGAAGCACUCCCGGACUCCACGGUUUGGCAAGAGGUCGAGAAGAAGUAUCAGGAAGCUGAGAAAUUGUUGAACAAUGCCAUCUCUGAUUUGAUUCCAAGCACAAAACCUUUAGGGUUGAAAAUUGGCGGUUCCCGUGUCGUGAAUUUCCAGCCUGAACUGACUCCUGACGGCAAAGGCCUUAAACUAAGGUUCCCCAUCACUGCUAAUGUCACCUUGGCCCUGCCUAUUAUUGGAAAUGUCAUCAACCUACAGGCCUCCUUGGAUCUCCUGACUGAAGUCAAUAUUGAAACUAAUAAUAAGACGGGCCUCCCUUUGGUGGUCCUGGGAGAGUGCACCAGUGACCCAGCCAGCAUCCAGCUCACCAUUCUGGACAGAGAAAGCACAUUCAUCAACAGGAUCGUGGACACCUUGAGCAACUUCCUAGACAAGACAGUGUCUUUCCUGGUGCAGAAGGAGGUGAGUCUCCCACUCCUGGGGACCCAGAGCCAGGCCUGGUUGGGGGAAGCUGUGGAUCGGCUCCUAGUGACUUGA